AUGACAGAAAUCAAGGGCAUGCUGCAACAACUCAUUGGGACAAAUGGAAAGAUGCAAGAAAAGUUAGCCGCACAUGAUUCGGCUAUUAAAGGCAUUGAAACUCAAUUAGGCCAGUUAUCUAUGGCCUUGAACAAUCGCCCACAAGGAACGUUGCCUGCAGACACAAACAUCAAUCCAAAUGAGCAGAACCCAAAUCAGCUAAUGGCAGUGAGUCUCAGGAAUGGAAGGGAUUUAUACAGAGAGCAAGAAAUUGCUCAAUCUAGGAGAGACGCAGUGCCAAUUACUCCAGUGACAUUAGAGACCGACGAAUCAACAGAGCUCACAGAGGUUGUAAUUGAACAAGCACAAGUUGACAAAGGCAAGGAGAAGGAAUUUGAACAACUCCUAGAACGUGUGGUGGAAAAGGUCCCUAAUAAAGAAAAGACACCAAGCAGUGGGCAGAAGCUAACUCCUGCACCAUUCCCUCAAAGUGUUGUAGUGACAAGACCUAUGGCUCAAAAAUUGUCUAAUCCUGGUAGUUUCACUAUCCCAUGCACAAUUGAAAGUUAUGCUUUUUCUAAAGCAUUGUGUGACUUGGGAGCCAGUAUCAACUUGAUGCCUUUGGCAAUCUACACAAAAUUAGGCAUUGGCAGAGCUAGACCGACCUCAAUGUUGCUGCAACUGGCUGAUCGCACAGUCAAAAGGCCGACAAGAAUUCUGUAUGAUGAGCUCGUCCAAGUGGGGAAGUUUGUAUUUCUCGCCGACUUUGUUAUUCUUGACUUUCAAGUUGACGAAGAAAUACCAAUAAUUUUGGGAAGGUCGUUCUUAGCCACUGGGAGAGCAUUGAUCGAUUGUGAGACUGGAGAGUUAAAAAUGAGGUUGAAUAAUGAAGAAAUAAUAUUCAAUGUUCAACAAUCUAUGAGGAGGCCCAGCGAAUUUGCGAAUUAUUUGGAUAGUGAAGAGUUGGCAGAGUGGGUCAUGGCUCUCAAAAGUCAAGGGUUCUUGAAAAGGGAACCCCAGUUCAAGCCACUACACUUAGAAAAAAAGAGCAACACCACCUGCAAAGCCAUCAAUAGAGGAGCCACCACAGUUGGACCUGAAACUGCUUCUAGAUCACCUCGGAUGGAUAUUCAGGCACUUAUGUACUUGAUAGCAAAGAAGGAGUCAAAGCCACGCUUGAUCCAUUGGGUUAUAUUGCUACAAGAAUUCGAUUUGGAGAUCUGCGAUAGGAAAGGGACAGAUAACCAAGUGGCAGACCACCUUUCAAGGGUGGAGGGAGCUAAAAAGAAAGUUGAGGUUGAAGAUAUAACUGAGACAUUCCCGGAUGAACAAUUACUAGCAGUGGAAAUAGAGGAGACGACAUGGCUUGCCAUGCUUCACCAUAUGAUGGGCACUUUAGAGGAAUUCGGACAGCGGCGAAGGUGUUGGAGUCGAUUGGUGUUUGGAAAAGUAUGCCAUCUUCUGGUAGAACUUGAGCAUAAAGCCUUAUGGGCACUGCGGCAGUUGAACUUGUAUAUGGAAACCGCAGGCACAAGUAGAGUCAUAGAGCUACAUGAACUCGAGGAAUUCUGGUUCCAUGCAUUCGAGAAUGCAAGAUUGUACAAAGAAAGGAUGAAGAUGACACAUGAUAAGCACAUUCUAGAUCGGAACUUCAAACCCGGAGAUCUAGUGUUGUUAUACAACUCGAGAUUAAGAUUGUUUUCGGGUAAGCUAAAAUCUAGAUGGUCAGGACCAUUUAGAGUUGUGUCCGAAGAUGGAACGAAUAGGUUUAAAGUGAAUGGGCAAAGUUUGAAACACUACCUUGGAAUGGCUAAAGAAAAAGGGGAGAAAGUUGUGAUGUAUUUGGAAGAACCCCAAUAUGUGACCGAAGUGCAAUCAUGA